GGGGGAGAAAAUAGUGAAGCAGGAGGGAGAGGCUGCGAAAAAGGGUGGCAGAACGGGAGAGAGAGAGAGGGAGACCGAGGAGAAGGCUGACUGAGCUGAGAGGAAAGAGAAGCGUCAGUGUUAAGGUCAGCUGGUGCUUUUGACACAGCAGCACCUGGGUUGUGGGGACCAUGAGAUGAGUGCUGGUGAAGCAGGGUUAUCUUAACCCCCAUUCCCAUCCCCUCCUCCUCCUGCGGCCCAAAGACCCCAGAACCACCGAGGUCCAGGGAGCUUCAGACGCCAGCAUGCAGUCCUCGGCUCGCCGCGCUUUCCCACCUUCUCGUCUGCUGAGACCGUCGUCGGCAGGGUCGGCAUCCAAGCUUCGCUCGGCCGCAGGGGGCGGCUUCAGCAAGCGUCCGAGGGCGCUGAGCCUAGGGGAGCGGCCCGCGGUGGACGUACCGCUCAGCAAGCGCGAGAUGGCGCCCCCUACAGAAGGUAAUCUGAGGACAGCCUCUCUAGAGCAGAGCGCCCCCCCAAGCAGGAAACGGGGCUUCGCAAAUGGGGGCAGCUGCGUGGAUGCCAGGCCCCCCCACAGCAUCCCCUGCAGGAGACACACGCUAGGCGGGCGUGGCCCCCAGGCCCCCUACAUGGAGCGUAAGCGAGAGGCCUUCCUGGAGCACCUGAAGCAGAAAUACCCCCACCACGCCUCCACCAUCAUGGGCCAUCAGGACCAGAGCAGGAGCGCCCAGCCCACCGCCGGACAGCCAGGGAGCCAGUUCUGUGUCGGCUCCUUCGACUCGCUGGACGCCAUGUCCGAGGGAGGAGAGCCCCCCCAGGCCUUCACCCGGGGCAGCCGCUCCCGCGCCAGCCUGCCUGUGGUGCGCUCCACUAACCAGACCAAGGACCGCUCGCUCGGCGUGCUGUACCUGCAGUACGGCGACGAGACCAAGCAGAUGCGCAUGCCGAACGAGGUCACCAGCGAGGACACCAUUCGGGCACUGUUUGUCAGCGCCUUCCCCCAGCGCCUCACCAUGGAGAUGCUGGAGUCCCCAGCCGUGGCCGUCUACGUGCGGGACGACGGCAGGAACGUGUACUACGAGCUGGAUGACGUCAGGGUCAUCACGGACCACUCCUGGCUGAAGAUCUAUCACAGAGACCCAGGCCAGGUCUUCACUCAUGGCUGCCGGCCCAGCAAUGGAGAUGCCAGGGUACAGCCUGUUGGCAGGGAGGGGCACCAGGUUUUGAGACAGCAGUCCCUCCCCACUCCCAUCCCAGCUCACUCUGCGCACUCUUCCUCCUCCUCAUCACUCACCCGCAUUCCGUUUGGGCCCCGGAGCAACACCGCCCCAGUUCUCCCCAGGGACCGUGUCCUUAGCGCCCCCCCGGCGAUGCCAGCACAGCCGUGCCCCAGCGCCAUCCUGGAACGGAGGGAUGUCAAGCCGGACGAGGACUCUGGCGCCGCACUGAGCACUGUGCCUGAGGGGGUGGAGCACCCAAACAGCCACCACCACCGGCCCCUGGCUGGCGGUCCUUUCCUAGGCCAAGCCGUGGCUCCUGAAGCUGCUGAACACCCCUGCCUAUACAGGCAGAGGUCCAGAAGAUAUGCCGACAGCCAGCUGCCACCACUGGCGUCCAGGACACCCCCCGCAUCCCCUCACAAGCCUGGAGACGCGAGACACCGGGAGCUCCACCAGCCCCAUCAGGUGGGGGCAUUGGAGAGGGCUGCCCCAAGUCGUCAGUCCCUCAGGAGGGACAGUUCCAUGGAAGGGGGGGUCAAGUCGCGGCCUGGCGUGGUUGCAGCUCCCAACUGUGAUCAGUCCGUGGCAACAGCUGGAGAUCCUCAGACCAGGGAGCGGAUGAAGGCUAUGGAGCAGCAGAUUGCCAGUCUAACCGGCCUGGUCCAACACGCACUUCUGAUUGGACCCAGUCCUGGUACCGCCCAAGAGGCCAACGGCGAGAAGCCUUCUAAGGCAGCAUCUGAUGUUCCCAGUGCGGACGGUGGAGGUGGAUCACCUCUCUCUGUGACUGGGAGCCAAGGCCCCCUGGCUGAUGCCCAGGUCACACCCACCUGCCCCACCCACCUGCGUGCCAGCCUGGCUGUCUUCAGCAAGAGUGUCUCAGAUCUGCGGCUGCAGCUGCAGGAGAUGCGGCAACUGCAGCUUCAGAACCUGGAUUCCUUGAAGCUGAUGCUCAGGCAUGCAGAGCAGGAGAUCAGCCACAAGAUGGCGAUGGUGACCAGGCUUCCAGACGAGCCGGUGCAGAGGCAGCGGGUGCUGGUGGAGGACGAGAGGCACAGAUACCUCGAUGUGGAAGAGAGUAUCCAGCUACAGCUGGGGGAGCUGGACCAAUAUGUGGGCAGCCUGAAGCGGGACCCCGCCCCCGGGUCUGCUCAACAGCCAAUCACGCUCCGGGACCUGGAUGACGCCGCUGCCCGACUGCAAAGAGUGGCCGACGCCCUGAAGGCGCUUAAAGGUGAGUUCCCGGCCCUCCAGGGCAGGAUGCGGGCCGUGCUGCGGGUGGAGGUGGAGGCUGUGCGCUUCCUGAAGGAGGAGCCUCACAAGUUGGAUAGCAUGCUUAAGAAGGUCAGGAGCCUAAGGGAGACACUGGGCUGCCUGAGGAGUCAUGUCUCAGGGAACCACCUUGAAGAGCCCAAAGUGGUUGGAGUCCAUCCAGUAGAUGUCACCAUGGGAAUCACAUCUGAACCACUCACAGGUCUGAAGACACCUCUUCUAACAGUAGAGGCCCCGGAGCCGACACCACCAGUCGUCACCCAGCAAAAGCCGUCACAGAUGGCAACACAGGGGGCCCCUCAACCACUCGUGUCACAAGAGUCUCCUCAACCAAUCACAGUUAAAGAGUCUCCUCAACCAAUCGUGGUCUUAGACGCCCCUCAGCCACCCGUGGAUCGGGACUCGCAGAGUCCUCUCCCUGAGUCCCAGAGCUCCUCUGUCCACUCGGAGGUGGUGCCCACCAGCCCUGUCGUGAUCCAUCGAGCCUGCAGCUCCCCGGUCCAGGUGCAGCGGUCUCAGCAGUCCGUCGCCCUGUCCCGUCUCCCGAGUCCGCCGCCUACACCACCCCAUAGCCAAGAUCCACAGAGCCAGGAGUGCAGCCCCAAGUCUGAGAGGCGAGGUCAUUACGACCGCAACGGCCCAAUCGUACAGCCGCGAGGGAGCAGGAACACGGCCAAGUCCAGGGCCUUGUCCAUAGAGGCUGCCAAGAAAGAGUGGGCGGAGCACCAGCGUACAUCAGAAUUUGAUAAGAUGCUCCAAGAGGCGCAGGCCACCAUGAUGAUGGCUAUCCCAAGCCUGGAGGUGACAGGCAAGGAGGAGAGGCCAGAAGUCACCCCCCUCCCAUCACAGGAGAGAACAGACACGCCCCAAUCAGCGUCUUCACCGGCAGAUGAGGCUUCGCCGCUGGAGCCCCCGGCCGGGACGCCCCCAGAGACCCAGGGACCUCAGACGCCGAGCAAGUCCCCCCCACCCCCCCCACCCAGGCGAAGUCACCCCGCCAGCACUGGUCUCACCACGGGGCGAUCGGGGGAGGUCAUCUACACCACCAGGAAGGAGUCCACCACGACUCAGGGGGCGGUAGAGGACGCGUCGCCGCCACCGUUCCCCAAACCCAACAAGACCCCCCCGCCACCCCUGACCCCCCCUCCCAUUGUGGCCUCUGCCAUCAAAGAGGAGGAAGACGACGGCGACAGGAUCAUGGCCGAACUGCAGGUCUUCCAGAAGUGCACAGUUAAGGAUGUAGGGGCCAAGUGUUUGGCUGAGCCCCGAGUCAGAGAUCAGUGGUCCGGGGGCACCGUGCCACCUGGAGAGAAAAAGAAUGUGGGGCUCCAGUGCAAAGAGAAGGAACUGGAAACCAACGAAAGCGUCUCAGCUCGACAUGCUGCAAGGGUACUGUAUUACGUCACAGGACAGAUAUCCAAUCAGCCGCCUUCGCCGGGAGCAGAUGAGCCAAUCAGUCGGAGAGAAGGAGCAGCCCCCGCCUCUCAGGUUCAGAGUGCAAACGCUUACAGAACCUCCCCAGGGCUACAGCAGUCGGCCACUGCAGCAGAGCCACUGACCGAAAACCGCGGGGCCCUGGAGGACCCAAAUCCAGACAGUCUUGUUCCAAGAGGAGUGGUGGCCGAAAAUAUGCCUGUUCAAAAUGUUGCCAACAAGGUGCUAGCGCCCAAACUUGUUCAGGAAGGAGUUCCGUGGGCAGGUGCCAAGGUAGUUAGGGAGAAGCUCACGGUGGACCAAGAUGCUUCUGAUAGUCUGGAUGAGCCUGCUGCUGGAGACCAGGCAGUAGUGUUACGGUCAUCCAAAGCUAGGGUAAAGCUUGCUGACGAGGCUUCCACGAGCCCGGCACCCGCUAGCGAGGAAUCUUCACCCGCCUCUGACAACAUCGCCUUCAUGAUCACCGACACCGAAGUCCAGGCUCUCUCGUGUGGGGAGUAUGAGAAGAUCGUGAGCACGACGGGAGGAAACGUUCAGACGAUCAAGGUGGGUGAGAGCCGGCAGAUGACCGCCGAAGAGGAGAGUGGGCUCGGGAAGAAACCAGUGAUCAUCAUAUUCGACGAGCCCAUGGACAUCCGGACGGCCUACAACCGACUCUCUACAAUAUUUGAGUGCGAGGAGGAACUAGACAGGAUGUUGGAUGAACACAAGAGCACAAAGAUGGCAGAAGAACUGGAUAGACGUGUCGUCCAGGUAAAAUCCAGUGUCGAUGAAGUGCAAGGUGCCACUCGGGUAGCCCACCCCCCAAACUAUCGCGGGUCACGCAAAGUCACUGCGCGCAGUCACAGCCCAUCUGGGGAACCUUCAGCGUCAGCUGAAGAACUGGAUGCAGAGCCAGUGAACGACGGCAAGCUGGACCUCAAGAAGAAGUUCAAGCUCAAGUUCCCCAAAAAGAAGCUGUCUGCUCUCAGCCAAGCCAUCCGCACGGGAACGAAGACGGGCAAGAAAACGCUUCAGGUGGUAGUUUACGAAGAUGAGGAGGAGCCAGACGGGACAGUGAAGCAGUUUAAGGAAGCCAAGAGAUUUGAAAUUGGGUGCAGAACAGUCCAAGUAGACAAUAGUACAACCAUAAUCAGCUCUGUGAGGACAGAGGAACUUCAGCCGACCUCCUCCAGUUUCCAACACCGGAUGGAUGAAAGUGAGCAGAAAACAUCCACAAGGACUGAUCUCCAGCAACAGGAAACAUCAGUAAGUGGCCUGAGUCUCAGAGCAGCUGAGGGGCCAGGCGUAGAAGAACACAAGACCUACUUGGUUCAGUCAAAGGAGCCUGUAAUCAAAGAUGGGGGACAGCAGGGGGACAGAGGAGUCCCUCUGAGCUGCCAGGCUCCCAAGGCUCCACGCCACAAGCGACCCAAACCACAGCUUCAUCCCCGGCCAGCGGUCAUUCCUCGCAGUGCCACCCACAGCCAGCAGAACGGUUCCUCCUCCACGAGUCGGACGCAGACAGCCAACAACGGCAAGCAUCGCACAACGCCCACCGUGGCAGAGAAAGCAGGGAAACCACAAGCGCUUCAGGACCCUCCGAGGCAGAUCCGACAGGCUAACGGAGGUGCUAAGGACGCUAAAGCUGCCCCCCCCGCUUUCCCCCCCUCUAAGAUCCCCGCCUUUUCUCCUAGCUCUGGGAAAAGCAGCCCUCCUUCCGCUGCCGACUCCGAAGCCACUAACCUAAAUCCCUCCCCUUCUUCCUCCAAGUCAUCCCUCCCUCCCCCACAAGCCCACCGACCCCUCUCUUCCAUCCCCUCCCCCUGCAAUGGCUCUCUUCAUCUCUCAAGCCCCUCCCUCUCAUCGCAGAACCAAAAUGGCCGCCUGCCCUGCUCUUCCUCCCCAGUUUCCCCUCCUUCCCUGGGUCAGGGAGGCAGGACCAUCAGAACCAUACACACGCCCAGCUUCACCAGCUACAAGCUUCAGACUGGCAAUAGCAGCAAACCCACCCUAGAACCUGCUUCUACUUCCAAGACCAUGGUGUGAUGUCUGGGUAUCUGUCUGCUUCUUUCUUGCUUACAAAAUGUGUUCAAUGUCUCACAAAAAUUGCACACACUUAUGAGCACACACAUACACACACACACACACACACACAUGUAGGGUAAACAUUUCCUUAUGGGGACCGCUCAUUCAUUUCAAUGGGAAAAAUGCUAACGCUAACUAUGACAACCUUAA